UGCACCCGUUCUAGCCACAGCCUACGAGCAGAAGGUAGCAAAAAUGAAGAGCGUUUACUUUGUGGCUGGAUUGUUCAUAAUGCUAGCACAAGGCAGCUGGCAACGUUCCCUUCAAGACACAGAAGAGAAACCCAGAUCUGUCUCAGCCUCCCAAACAGACAUGCUUGAUGAUCCAGAUCAGAUGAACGAAGACAAGCGCCAUUCACAGGGCACAUUCACCAGCGACUACAGCAAGUACUUGGAUUCCAGGCGUGCUCAACAAUUUUUGAAAUGGCUGUUGAAUGUCAAGAGGAACAGGAACAACAUUGCCAAACGUCAUGAUGAAUUUGAGAGACAUGCUGAAGGGACCUUUACUAGUGAUGUAAGUUCUUACUUGGAAGGCCAAGCUGCCAAGGAAUUCAUUGCUUGGCUGGUGAAAGGCCGAGGGAGGCGAGACUUCCCAGAAGAAGUCGCCAUUGUGGAAGAACUCGGCCGCAGACAUGCCGAUGGCUCAUUCUCAGAUGAGAUGAACACUAUUCUUGACAAUCUUGCCACCAGAGACUUUAUCAACUGGCUUAUUCAGACCAAAAUCACUGACAGGAAGUAAGUAUGUCACUCUUCAAGACCAUCUUCACAUCACCUGCCGUCCACUUGGAAUGUUUGAAAUUUUAAGUUCUGUAAUUUUAAGAGUUGUACUCUGAGUAUUUCUUUGCAGGCUAUUAAACAUUUUUUAGCAUUGUAUAGCCAAAUGAUUAUAAAUGGAAUAAACUAUCGCCAGAAUAUUGCUAAAAUAUCAACUUUACAGUAUAAAAGUCCUGUCUCUUGUUUUUAUCUUAUUUUGGUUGAAGUACCCCAACUUGUUUAAAUUUAGCAGUGAAAUUAUUUUUCUAUUAUAUACUUUGUAGAUGUAAAUUAAUCCAAUCUGAAAAUAUCUGCAUGCAAUAUCAGGAAAAAUGAAAACCUUGUAGCCACAGCAGUGAAACUGAAAAGAGAACUUCUUAAAGCCUUUUUCAUAAAAAUGCUCAGCUUUCAAUGUCUCAAAGAUUGAAUUAAUAAAAUUUUCAAGCUUC